AGGCCGUCCUGCGAAACCGUGGCUUCAAGAUCUAUGAGAAGACAGCAGGAAUGUUCUUGGUAUACAAGGUCACUGAAGAGGACAUGGAGUUUGUGCCGAAAGGGAAGUUCCAGGUGCCCUUCAGCAUUGUCCCGCAACCUUUGAGGUCGUACAGACUGUCUUUCGAGUCUUUCAAUCCUUCAGUCCUGUUCUGGAGCCCUUUGAGGCCUGGAGACUACUUGGUGACACGCCUGCCUGAGAAGAAGGUCGUGUACAUGAGCCGCAACGUGGAGCAGAUCUUCUCGUCACGUGAAAACCUGGAAGUGCACUUCCUUUUUGCCAGUCCGUUGACAUACAGCCCUCUCUCUAUUGAUGGAGAGCUCGAAGGCCUGCGAACAGCAGGUGUGGUGGUGCGACUGACCUGUGCCACACGAGAGAAUUUGCGAGGCCUCAAAAAGGCGCUUCGCUUGUCCGCGACUGUCCUGCAUGUCUCCUGCCACACUGGGCUGAUACGCGGAGACAAAGCAGAGGCCAGAGGCACCACUCAGGUGAGAUCCAUCUUGGAAGACUUUAUGGGUGAUGGUCAAUUAGUGACCCCUCAGGCCUUCGCAGAUUUGCUCAUUGGUGGCGGUGCUGCGCCGCAGUUGCUCGUGUUCCUCAGCUGUCACUCCGAGGCCUUGGCUUUGACUUCCCUAGAACGAGGAGUUAAGCGGGCGGUGGCUGUACGUGCAGACAGCUCCCUGUUGGACAGCGCAGCUCGUGACUUCACCUCGACCUUCUAUGCAGAGUUGCGCACGCAUUGGAAUGUGCAGCGUGCCUUCGAUGUGUCCUUGGAGACGAUGAGAGCCUCAAGGGAGCCGGGAGUCGCCGCAGAAGCGGAGAAGUUGGUGCUGCUGCCGGAGGGGGCCCCGGAGUUUGAACUGGGUGAUCCAGCUUGUGAGAUCGCAUUGCCAGAGGAGGUGCCAGUGGAAUCCGACAAGACAAUCUGCGUACGCGUACCCUUCGGUCCCGGAGAGGAGGCGAUCAUCAGUUCACUCUUUGACCUCCGGAGUCUGGAACGGCUUUGUGAUUUGCCUCUGCUCAGUGUACCUCGAGCAAGGUUCAUCAAAGAAGCACUGGCAGGCUUCUCGAACUACCGCAUUUUGAAGGUCUCGGGCGACGCUGGCGAUCUUCAGGAUUUUGCGGCAGCACUGGUCCGCUUCGCAUGCUUUCCUGGUGGGAGGCUUUUCCCUGCCGGUGCUUUGGUGGUCAAGGCAGUGGAGGAGGCAACUGAUGAAGAUGUUUUGACGCAGCAGCAGAUGUGUGACAUCUUUUUGCCCAUCAUGAGGACCCAUGGCACCUUGGUGCAGAAGGUUGGCUGCCGCUAUGCGCGGCCGGCCAUCAAGGGGGAAGAGGUGCAGACCAUCAUCAAUGGUGAGACAGUUGCAAAGAUAGUGGUGGCUGACGACACUAGCUAUGUCAUUCAGCAGAACUCCAUGGACAGAGAGCUCUAUGUGCUUAGUCGUGAGAAGUUUGAAAGGAACUACGAAGUGCCUGGUUCUGAGAUCACUGAGAAGAGUCCGGAGUGUGACUCGAUGAGGGAGCGCGGCUACAAGUCGUACGAACGAAAGGGACUCGUCCUCAUCUACAAAGUGACGGAGGAGGACAUGACACAGGUACCAGGUGGUAGAUUUGAGGUAGCUUUCAGCUCAACCCCGCAGCCUGUUCGUGCAGGUGACUAUUUGGCCACUGGAUAUCCGGAGUCCACAGAGGUCUUCUUGAGUCGGAAUGCCGAGCAGAUCUACUUGUCUCAGAUCAUUCGCUCUCAAGAUGAAAUGUGCAGGCACUUUUUGCCAAUCAUCCGGAAGAAAGGAACAGUUGUUCGCAAGGUGGGCUUCCGCCUGGCACGACGUGCCCUGAGAGGAGAAGAGGUUUUAACCAGCAUAGAUGGAGAUGUUGUUGCCAAGGCCUUGGUGAAUGAUGAGACAAGCAUGGUGAUUAUGGGCGAGACUUCCGACCGAGAAUGGUACGUGUUGGAUGAUGCCAGCUUCGCUGAGAGUUACGAACUUCCAGGAACUGAGAUUCUGGACGAAGGGCUAGAGUUCGAUGUUCUACGUGAGAGAGGUUUCAAGUGCUACAAAAGGCGUGGCAUGGCACGAAUUUAUCAAGUGACCGAUGGAGAUCUUCAGUUUUUGCCAUCCAGGAAGUUUUGGGGCAAGGGCACCAUACCUCUGCCGCUCCGCGUGGGCGACUUCUUGGUCACCAGGUAUCCCGAUGCUGGAGAAAUCUACUUGAGCCGUCAUGGUGAAGAAGUUUUUGAGCCGGUGGGCCCUGAAGAGCUGGUCAGAUCCCAGGAAGAAAUGUGCGAACGCUUCUUGCCGAUUCUGCUGCGCCGUGGUAGUCGGGUGCCUCGUGCGGGUUACAGCUAUGCAAGACCGGCACAGGUUGGCGAAGUUGUCCGGACGAUUGUGGAUGGAGAGCAAGUGGCAAAAGUCCCGAUUCAUGAUUCUGAGAGUAUGGUAGUCCGCAUGGAGACAGCAGACCGUGAGCUACAGGUUCUUUCUGCUAGCGACUUCCUACGCGACUUCAAUGUACCUGGAGAGGAAAUUCAGGACUCCACCGCCGAGAUGCAAGCACUGCGCAAUAGAGGCUACAAACGCUUUCGUCAACAUGGCAUUGCUUUGCUCUACCAAGUGACUGAAGAGGACAUUGAGGAUUUUGUUCCUGGUCGUCGAUUCCAGGUGCAUGGUAGCCAAGUUCCAUCUCCUUUGUGCGCGGGAGACUUUCUUGAGGCACGCUACCCAGAUGCAACCUUCGUUUUCAUGAACCGCAACGCAGUCCAGAUCUAUGGCAACGUGCUUCAUAUCGGCUUGACGCGAAAAGCCUUGGAAGCUUCAGAUGGGCUUGUGGCCUGGGCGAACAUGACAACCACUCAGGGACAUCCUUCUUCACUGAGUACGGAAUUUCGGACUGGCUCGGAAGCUUCGGCAGAUGAGUCCGAGCCUACUGCAGAUACCAAUUUGUCGCCUCCAGGAAGCGUGGAUCGGGCAAGCAGCGCGCCGGAACUAGCAAGUCAAGGCCCUCAAAGACUGGGCUAUGUGCAAAGAAAGCGGGCAGAAGCCAAAGGCUCUGAAGCCAAGCAUGACGGACAUGAUGAGAAUGACAGUUUCACAACAAGCCAAGAUGCAGCAGCAGCAGUGGUGGUGGUGGUGGUGGUG